AUGUUCAUCGAUAAAUCAAGUACAGUUAAUAAUUGGGCUGCAGGUUUAACAUCCAGUAAUUCAACAUUAUCAUUUGGUCGAAGAAAAAAAAUGAUUAAUUAUGCCAUAUAUGAUUGUUUUUCAACAACGUAUUUUAUUCGACCAGUUUUAGAAUAUUGGACAUUUAAUAAAUUAAAAAAUGCCAAUAUUGUUGAAUUAUUUACAUCCUUUAAAUCAUUACCACUUCCAACAAUUAAUUCAUCAAACACAAAAACUAAUAAAAAAAUAAAGAAAAAUAUUGAUCCACAACAAUUAUUUAAUAUUAAUGAUGAUGAUUUACAACCGAUAUCAGAUGAUGAUGAAAUUUAUCUCCAUCAACUCAUUGAACCAGUUACGAAUGAACCACCUGGCAAUGAAAAGACCCCAAAGGAUAAACAAGAACUUACUGGUCAAUUAUUGGUCAAUGAUGCUGAAUUAAUUAGUGAUGAAGAUGAUGAACUUAUUAUUGAUCAUAAUCCAACACUUCCACCAGUUGCAGUUGUUGACAAAGCACCACCAACAAAAACACGUCGAAAAACUCAUCAACAGAGAUCAAAAGGAUCAAGGCAUCGACGAAAUCAGAAACGAAAUAAUACACAUCGAACGCGUCGUUAUCAAUAUUAUCUUACUCGUUCGAUGUAUUAUAAAUUUACUAUGCCAUCAAUCAAGAAAAUUCUAAAACAACAUCACAUCAACUAUGUACACAUCAAGGAGGCUGAUGGCAUACUAAUUAUUGGUGUAAAAAAUGCCUUGAUCCAACAACAGUAUCAAAAUCGAAUACCAGAAGAUAUAUUUGAUCGGAAACAUUAUCAAAUUUAUCAACAUCAUCAUCAACAUCAUUAUCAAAAUCACCAUCAACAUAAUCAUCAACAUCAUCAUGAAUAA